UACUCUCAGUUACACUGGAACUAACCUCACUUCAUUGCUGCCAAGUCUUCUUGUAGCUGCUUAACUUUUCAAUAUGGUGAAAAGACGUCCUCCUCUGAGACUGAGGGUACAACAUGCCCAGACUCGGUACAGGUCCCACAAGAAACCGUCAUGGCUCAGAUCAAUCCUGUGUUAUGACAACAACGAUGUUGUGGAGCCCGACCACAUUGAAACGGGGCAAACUGGAGCACCAUUGUCACCCCCAGGUGAGACAACUGCUGCCUUGCAGCAAGAGACAACUCCAGAGACAACUCCAGAGACAAUCCCAGAGACAAUCCCAGAGACAAUCCCAGAGACAAUUCCAGAGACAAUCUCAGAGACAAUCCCAGAGACAAUCCCAAAAAUAAUCCCAACACCUUCUCAGCCUGUGCAAGACACUUCCUUCCAAAGGUUUAACGUGUCCUGUAACAACGAAAAGGAUUUGUUAACGAGAAAUAACAUCAGCAGUCAGAACCUAGAAGAAGAGACCCAUCAAUCAUCUUCUCAUGACACUUCCUCUCAAGUAUGUUCCGUCCCCUGCAACAACAAAUAUAAUUUGUGUGUUGACCUCGAGACUUCGAACUGCCUUGCAGAGGAGUUGACCCAUCAAGCAUCUUCUCAUGACACUUCCUCUCAAGUAUGUUCCGUCCCCUGCAGCAACAAAUAUAAUUUGCGUGUUGACCUCGAGACUUCGAACUGCCUUGCAGAGGAGUUGACCCAUCAAGCAUCUUCUCAUGACACUUCCUCUCAAGUAUGUUCCGUCCCCUGCAGCAACAAAUAUAAUUUGCGUGUUGACCUCGAGACUUCGAACUGCCUUGCAGAGGAGUUGACCCAUCAAGCAUCUUCUCAUGACACUUCCUCUCAAGUAUGUUCCGUCCCCUGCAGCAACAAAUAUAAUUUGUGUGUUGACCUCGAGACUUCGAACUGCCUUGCAGAGGAGUUAACCCAUCACUCAUCUUCUCAUAACACAUCCUCCAACAACAAAUAUAAUUUGUGUGUGAGAGAUGACGUCGAGAGUUUGAACUGCCUUGCAGAGGAGUUGACCGCAUCUUCUUAUGACACUUCUUCUGAAAGAUCUACUGUCCCAUGCAACAACAAAUAUAAUUUGUGUGUGGGAGAUGACCUGAACAGGAUUGAAGUGACCCAUCAAUCAUCUUCUGUGGAGACAAUCCCACCCUGCAACAACAAUAAUUUGUGCGAGAGAGAUGAUCUCAACAGUUCAAUUAGCCUGGAGAAGGUAUCACAGUCAUCUUCUAGGGAGCUUCCUUGGGCCUGGGCCUUUGCCGAUUACAAGCCGAAAGUAGCCGCAGAAAAAGAUUGCCAAUUGCCUUCAAGUGGGUCACAAUCCAAAGACAAGCAAUCGAAGGGUAUAUUGAGGCGGUCUAAGGGCAAGCUGAGCUCAUGGAUCAAAAACUCAGUCAAAGCUCUCACGAUCUCAAAAAAGAGAGAAAAAUUGGUGGAUCCUUGUGGAAAAAUUGCCAAGGAAAAAGCAAAAAUAGCAGAGCUCUACAAAAGUAUCGAUAUUGCUCAAGAGGAGCUGAAAGACGUGCAAAUAUACAAUGCACAUCUAGAGUUGCGGACAAAAAAUGGUUCCGAUUUGACUCCUGACAUCAAUAAGUCAUUGAAAAAAAUGCAAAAGCUUAAGGAACAAAUCCGAAAAAGUUACAAUCAGGUCCGUGAACAAGAGAAAAAAGCAAAACAACUGUCCAUUAAGACAGAGAGGACCAUGGCAAGACGUGCUAAAUUGUUGCAUAAUGAAACAAAAGACAGCAAUUCAGACGAGAGUUUUGAUGAUGACAUUCAACACGGGAUCCCAUACCAACCAUCAAUGCCAAGCACUGUCGCUACCACAGACCAGUCACCAGUUGAGAUCGUGAUGACGCCAUACCAACAAUCAAGGCCAAGCACUGUCGCUACCACAGACCAGUCACCAGUUGAGAUCGUGAUGACGCCAUACCAACCAUCAAGGCCAAGCACUGUCGCUACCACAGAUCAGUCACCAGUUGAGAUCGUGAUGACGCCAUACCAACCAUCAAGGCCAAGCACUGUCGCUACCACAGACCAGACACCAGUUGAAUGGAAACCAGUACAUAUACUGACGUUGUCUCAAACCAGAAUAAUCUAUGUCUUAGAGGCAGAAGAAUGCAACAGAUACGUCUUGUUUUAACUCACUCAGCUGACUGAACCCCCCAAAAAAAUUAAUGUGUGUAUGUGUAUGUAUAAUGACUGUAGCGUAGAGAACUGUAUGUUUUAGUUCUCUAUAUCGUAUGUAUAAAAAUGAUCAUAAGAUUGAACAAAAUAACUG